AAGAGAAGAGAGAGAGAGAGAGAGAGAGAGAGAGAGAGAGAGAGAGAGAGAGAGAGAGAGAGAGAGUUUCCGUUGCGCUUGAAGCGCAUCAGUAGUUGGGACAGUAGGACGCAGGGACACAAGGACACAGGGACAGCUCUCUGACCGCAACAUGGAUCACAACCAAUGUUUACCUUCCUCUCUACACAACUUAGGACCGUAAACCCAACUCUGGUUUGAUAUCUUAACCUCAGGAAUACUUCAAGAUUUUUUCUGCAAAAUGGAAACGACGUUCUUUCUUUCGACGGUUUUCUCCCUUAUCCUCGUUGGAAACGAAUUGACCAGGGCCAUGCUGAAUGACGUCGGUGACUAUGUAGGUACAGAUAUUGAGAUUUCCUGGUUGCCAAAUCUGGAUGAUUUAAUGAAAGGCUAUGCUCGAAACUUUCGCCCAGGGAUAGGAGGACCGCCGGUGAAUGUUGCCAUGGCUAUUGAAGUAACCAGCAUUGACCAUAUCUCAGAAGCCAACAUGGAAUAUACCAUGACUGUGUUUCUGCGUCAGAGCUGGCGAGACGAGCGCCUUUCUUACAACCACACGAACAAGACCCUGGGGCUGGACAGCCGUUUUGUAGAUAAACUCUGGGUCCCAGACACGUUUAUUGUCAAUGCCAAAUCAGCCUGGUUCCAUGACGUCACCGUGGAGAACAAGCUCAUACGGCUACAGCCUGAUGGUGUCAUCCUCUACAGCAGCCGGAUUACAUCAACAGUAGCCUGUGACAUGGAUUUAACCAAGUACCCGAUGGAUGAGCAGGAGUGCAUGCUGGACCUCGAGAGCUAUGGAUAUUCUUCAGAGGACAUCAUUUAUUACUGGUCAGACAGCCAGAAACAUAUUCAUGGCCUGGACAAACUAGAGCUGUCCCAGUUUACUAUCACAGACUACCGCUUUAUCACUGAGGUGAUGAACUUUAAAUCAGCUGGGCAUUUCCCUCGGCUCAGUUUGCACUUCCAGUUGAGGCGGAAUCGAGGAGUGUACAUCAUCCAGUCCUACAUGCCCUCUAUCCUGCUGGUUGCUAUGUCCUGGGUGUCUUUCUGGAUCAGCCAAUCAGCUGUGCCUGCAAGAGUAUCACUAGGAAUCACUACCGUGCUGACCAUGACGACGCUGAUGGUGAGCGCUCGCUCCUCGUUGCCUCGUGCCUCUGCCAUAAAAGCCCUGGAUGUAUAUUUCUGGAUCUGCUAUGUGUUUGUGUUUGCCGCCCUGAUCGAGUAUGCAUUCGCUCACUACAAUGCGGACUACAGCAAGAAGGAGAAGGCGAAAGUCAAAGUAAACAAGAAUACAGAGUCCAUGGUGAAGAAUGGAAAACAGGCAAUGGUCCUCUUCUCGCUGUCAGUGACAGGCAUGAAUCAGGGCCUUGUGGUCUCCAACCGGCAGAACCGCACCCAGCAACAAACUGAGACACCUGUUGAGCCUCAGGAGGAGGCUGAAACGGCUAAGCAAGAAAGUAGUGAGGAGAGGAAGUGCUGCAAGUGCAAACCCAUAGACGCUGACACAAUCGACAUCUACGCCCGUGCCGUCUUCCCUUUUACUUUCGCCGUGGUCAACGUCAUCUACUGGGUGGCUUAUACCAUGUGACAUAAUCUUCAUAUUUUGGAUUUUUACAUUAUGGAGUGAUCACGAUUGCCAUACUUUGAUUAAGAUGGUUCAAUCCUUAUGAUUCACCUCAGACUGCUUAGGUUCUGUUUGGCUCUACAUAUGAUAAAGGCAGAAAUUGAAGAUGCGAACAUAUGGUAAGGAAAUACUUUCCCUUUCAAUAAACUCUCAGAUGAAAUUGAGUGGAUUAUGAGGAAUUGCUGCAAGGGCUGCUGAUUGUCUUGCCUCUGCAACAUAACAUUGCCUUGGUUUCUCUAAAUGUGAUACUAUUAUAAUAUAUUAGAUAUUAUUUUGUGCUCUUUAAUUGCAGAUGUUUUUCACCUGAAACCUGGGAUAAUUGAAUUGAACCAUACAACAUAACUGCAUGACUUCUGUUUUUGUUAAAAGUUUUUUUUUUUUCAUUCUUAUUCUGCCAUGGUUUUAAGUUUCUUGCUAUUUUCUAGGCUUUAGACUGCCUUUAGAAAAUGAAUUUAAGACUUUGGAAAUCAAUAACUAAUUAACUUAAUUACUUAGCAAAUGACUAAAAUGUCGGACCAGUCAUGAAAGAAAGCCAUAGUUGAAAUAAUGAUAUUAAAUCAUGACAGUUUCAUUUACAAUGCCUACUUGCAUGUUAAUAUAUUUAUAAUGUGACUUUAGGUAUAGCUAAACUCUAGAUUUAU